UUGCAUUAUUAUUUUUUAAAAUAGUUCUCUCUCUGUCACAAAACAAGGAAAGCAAACAUAAUUACAGCUUGCCCAUUGUCCUAGUGAUUUUGAUUGGAUUGAGAAAGCUGAAAGCAAGAAAAGCAACAAAUCCAUUUUUCCAUUUUUCUUUUCUACUUGAAACCCGUUGAGUUCAGACAUUAAUCUCUGUUGUUUUCUUCUUCUCUCUCUAAGAAAUGGGGUUGUUUGUUAUCUCCUUGUAGCACCAGAAGCUUCAAUAAAGGAGGAAGCUUCCUUAAAGCUGAAGCUUGUUAGAUUGAAAUGGGCUUGAGCAGGCCUCAAAAACCCAGCAGUGGAUUCUCCACCAAGUUGGUUUCUGUCUUCUGCAUUGCCAGCUUCUUCUUGGGUGUUCUUGUUGUCAACAGGUUUUGGGCCAUUCCAGAUCCAGCUAAAGUGGAAGAAGAAGCCUUAUCUGUGAAGGACCGUCAAUCAAAAACGUCUCAUCCUAUAGUUAAUUGUGAGAAGAAGGAAACAUCUGUCCAGGCAGGAGACAUCCUUUCUCAAGUUUCACAAACUCAUGAUGUAAUCAUGACACUAGACAAAACAAUCUCAUCAUUGGAAAUGCAGCUGGCAGCUGCAAGAGCUGUCAGAGUUGAUGAUGAGGAAGGAUCUCCAAUGGGAACAAAAUCUGGAACUGAGCCCUUGAAGGAGCGACAGAAAGUUUUCUUUGUUAUGGGUAUAAUUACAGCAUUCAGCAGCAGAAAGCGAAGGGACUCAAUUAGAGAAACUUGGAUGGCCAAAGGAGAGGAGUUAAAGAAAUUGGAGAUGGAAAAGGGUAUCAUUUUACGAUUUGUAAUUGGACACAGUGCAUCGCCAGGUGGUGUUUUGGAUCGUGCUAUCGAUGCAGAAGAAGAGCAACACAAGGAUUUUCUACGGCUGAAUCAUAUUGAAGGAUAUCAUGAAUUGUCAUCAAAAACACAAAUUUACUUUUCAACUGCGGUUGCUAAGUGGGAUGCUGACUUCUAUAUUAAAGUUGAUGAUGAUGUACACGUAAAUCUUGGUAUGGUUGGCUCUACGUUGGCCCGCCAUAGAUCAAAACCCCGUGUUUAUAUUGGAUGUAUGAAAUCUGGACCUGUUCUGUCACAGAAAGGUGUGAAGUACCAUGAGCCAGAAUACUGGAAAUUUGGCGAGGAGGGAAAUAAGUAUUUUAGACAUGCAACAGGGCAAAUAUAUGCAAUUUCUAAAGAUUUGGCCACCUAUAUUUCAGUAAAUAGGCACAUACUUCAUAGAUACUCAAAUGAAGACGUUUCCUUGGGAUCUUGGUUUAUUGGCCUUGAUGUUGAGCACAUUGAUGAACGAAGCCUCUGUUGUGGAACUCCUCCUGACUGUGAGUGGAAGGCUCAAGCAGGGAAUCCUUGCGCUGCAUCAUUUGAUUGGACCUGCAGCGGCAUUUGCAAGUCAGUGGAGAGAAUGGUGGAGGUACAUCAGCGCUGUGGGGAAGGUGAUGGAGCAAUCUGGCACACGAGUUUCUGAAACUUGUAGGUUGUAAUUUAGUUGUGUAUGUGUGAUCAAGGCUAUGGUUGGAAAAACACCAUCUGCCCGAUUUUUGCCAUUUGAUGUCUCGGACAGUUGGUGCAUGAUUAUAUCAAUUACCUGCACAUACAGAUUGUCAAGCCCAGAAAAUGAAAAGGGAAAAAAAGUGAAAAUCUGUCACAAACAUUAGAGUUCUUUGUGGAUAAUCCAAUGAUGAAACAACCUAACAGUAACUUAGCAGCCAGCUUACAGAACAACAUAGCCUUGUCACAUGUAGCUAUGCGUGAUAAUGGCAUAAUUGAACUCCUUUUAAUAUAUAUAUAUAAGAAAAAAGUGCUGUGGCUCAACUCAAA